AUGUAUUUAACUAGGCUUUGUGGCAAGUGAUAUAUAAAAAAUAUACACAGAUUGUGGAUAAUCCGUAGACAGAUUUAAUAUUCCAUAGGAAGGGGGCUCUUCUCUGUCCGCUCGGCAUGUCGCCUAGAGAGCAGACAUGGAGUGAAAGUGACGGCUAGUGGAAGAGCUAGUCAGAGUAACGUGGCAUUCAUGGGGGAGGGGUCAGAUCAGAUUAGAGCUUCAGACUGACCCCUCCACCGCAGCCCUGUGUUACUCCACCGCAGCCCUGUGUUACUCCACCGCAGCCCUGUGUUACUCCACCGCAGCCCUGUGUUACUCCACCGCAGCCCUGUGUUACUCCACCGCAGCCCUGUGUUACUCCACCGCAGCCCUGUGUUACUCCACCGCAGCCCUGUGUUACUCCACCGGAGCACUGUGUUACUCCACCGGAGCACUGUGUUACUCCACCGGAGCACUAUGUUACUCCACCGGAGCACUGUGUUACUGCAAUGCAAAGCUGAGGCAGCCGUCACUGCAGAGCACAAUGUAGCCAAGAAAGGCCAUGGCUUGAACAGAGUUGCUUCAGGGCUGUGAAUUCCCCCUCUCUACAGUCUGGGUUUCAAAGGAUAACCACAGGUCAAUACCUUCCUGGCAUUCUGGGGGUUCUGAUUCCUCUCUGCUGAGCUUCAAAACCUUCCUCCUUUCUUGCUCCUUUUUUCUUUCUCUCUGUCUUUAUUUCCUUCCACCGUUCUGUCUCUAUCUUCCUCUCCCGAUGUCUUUCUUUCUCUUUCCUGUCUUUCUCUCUUUGUCUUUUUCCUUUCCCUCUCUUGAUGCCAUCUCUAGGUGGAUGGGGUGAUCUGUAGGCAAUGCUUGGUGGAGGAUUGAUUUUGCUUAUUUUGUAGGGUAAAUUGUCUAUUCAUCCCAGCUGGUGAGUGAUAAGAUACUGGUACUAGAUGACAGUGAUAUAAAAUAAAUAUUGUGUUCUGAAGUCCUUGUCCUUGAGGGCAACCCAUGCGCAGUGUCUGUGUGCUGACUGGAUGAAUUCUUAGAGUCCAAUCAGCUAAACAGAAACAGUUGAACACAAUAUUAUUACUGUACAUUCGGUUUGCACAAGACCCUAAUCCCAUCAGUCUGAACUGUCUGCAAUCAAGAUAAUCGACAGAUUACUGUUUCAACCGCACUAAUGUUUCUGUCAGAAUUAGGAUCUACCAUGUACAACAUUUCUGAGACUUAACAACAUACUGCUUUAUGAUUCUUCCUAAUGAUUCUUUGAUUACUUAUUCUUGUUUCAUCCUUGUCUGUUUUGCACAUUGCUCAGCUGUGUCUGUCUACCUGAUAUCAAAAAAAUAUUUUGCCACUGUUUUUGCAGAGCUGACAUGUGAGCUAAACCUGAAACCUCCUGGCAAAAGUCAGUUGGACCUGGCCGAGGAAGAGGAGCAGCUGGAGGCCCGCUGUCUGGAGAUGGAAGGUCGCUUGGCUGAGAAGCAGUGCACCCUGGGAGAGCUGCGUAAAGAGCUGACGCACAAGGGGGCGCUGGUGGGAGCGCUGCGGGCCAACCUCAAGGACAAGGAGCGCCGCUUCCUGGAUGAGCUGAAACGGCGCAGCCACCGUUCCACCGUGCUCAACACAGAGCUUCAGAAGCAGACGGAGGCAGCUGCCUACCUCUCCUUCCAGCUGCACGCAGCCCGCCAGAAACUGCAUCACCAGCGGCUGCAGCAGAGACAGCAGGCCCUCAGGGAGAACCGGGAGAACAGGGAUCGUCGUUAUGGGAAUGCACAUGGUUCCCAGUACGACCAAGUAGCCGAGUGGGACACCGCCACUUUUUCCCCCUUCUCUCCUCAAUCUCCCUCUGGUUUCUCCAGUGCCUCUAACGCCGCCCCCGCAGCCAUAGCCUCUCCCGUGGUCAAACCCAAACGCAGGGGCGCCAGGGCCACGUCAGGGCACCAGAUCCGGGCAGAGAGGGCCAGGGAGUGUGUUCCCCAAGAGAGGGUGACGGGCCCAGCAGAGCCCACCGCCAUGCCUGACCCUGCGCUGUUCCUCUACCCUCAGCGCAGGCACAACAGGUCCAGGGCCAGACAUCCCCACUCCCCAGCCCACAGACAGCCUCCUCUGGUGCGGGAGAGAGGUGAGGAGGAGGUAGGUGGAGAGGCGCCCAUGGAACCCCAGGAUGAAGCUCCUCCCAGACUGGCAGCAUCGGCCACGGUGUCCCCUGCUGGCUGCUCAGACCAAGGCUGAAUAUGUAGCGCCACUGUGAACCUCUCUGAAAAUGUCUCCUCUUCACUAGCAUCACCAUCGUUAUCAUCAUCAUCAUUGUUAUCCUCAUUAUCAUGGCUAUCUGAUUUCAUUAAGGCUGCCCAUUGUCCUGUAACUUGAUCCCAUUGAUACUAAUAUUAAUUUAGCAUUAUUGAUAAUAUUAUUAUUAUAAUUCAUAAUUUACUUUAUUGUAAUGAUGAAAACUUUUUAUACUAAUAAUCUACAGUGGGCAGAACAAGUAUUUGAUACAAUUUUGCAG